AUGAGGAGAGCUAGUCAGUCUCGGGCUGAUAGGCAGCAAGAGGAGACGGGACAGGCUGGGCGGUCUUCCCAGGGCGCAUCCUUCAAUAAUCACGGCUCUGGGGGCCAAAUCAACGUCCCUGACGGUAUUAUCAACAUCAGCACAGGCCAUGGAAACCACCUCAAUGGGUCUAACUUCAACCGGGAUGUGUAUUUUGUUGAGAAUGGCCAUUUCCAACUGCGCAGAGAGAAACCAAAUGCUCGCAAGCCCUGCUUCUGCGUCCCGUUCGUCCGAGACCGUGAUUUCGUCGAUCGGCCGGAUAUUCUCACAUGGCUAAAGGAGCAAUACGCAGGCUCCGCCGGUCGCAUGGCCCUUGUGGGCAUGGGUGGGUUUGGGUAUGGGCCACCACGUGAACAUCCUUCGAGGAUCACCUUUGCGCUGACCGACAAAAGUAAAUCACAGGUUGCCAUCGAAUUCGCACAUCACGUCCACGACGAAGCACCGCAGACCAGCGUCUUCUGGGUCUACGCGAGUUCGAAGCUGAGAUUCGAAGAGGCCUACCGGUCCAUCGCAGAUACAUUACAGCUACCUAGGCGAAAUAAUCCCGACGUCGACGUGCUCAGGCUCGUCCGUGACUGGAUGCAGACCGAGGAAGCUGGCUCGUGGUUGAUGGUCUUAGACAAUGUCGAUGAUGUCAAUCUCUUCCAUCCCAGCGCUAAUGCCAGCGAGAACAAGGCAGCAAACCAACCAACGGGCGAGAAUGCUAUUGCAAGUAGCGACCAGCGGCCACUCGCGGCAUACCUGCCAAAGUACCGCAGCGGAACCAUCCUCAUCACAUCACGCAGCAUGGACGCUGCCGAAAGGCUGACGGGUAGUCACAAGGCUAUUUACCGGGUCCCGGCCAUGGACGACACUCGAAGCCUUCGACUUCUCCAGAACAAGCUCAACGGAGACUUUGACAAGGAUGCCGCUGUCGAUCUUCUCCGGGCUCUGGACUAUAUCCCGCUGGCCAUCACCCAAGCGGCGGCGUAUAUCAACCGUCGCGCUCCCCGCGCAUCAGUACAAACAUAUCUGGAUGCCUUCCGGGAGAGCGACAAGAAGAAGGGCAGUCUCCUUAACAGAGACGCGGGGGAUCUCCGACGAGAUGAGACCGUAUCUAACUCGGUGGUUACGACAUGGCAGGUCACGUUUGAACAGAUACACCAGGAGAGACCAUCUGCGGCGAAAUUGCUUUCGUUCAUAAGCUUCUUCAAUCCGCAGGGCAUUCCUGGGUUUGUGCUUCACGACUACAACACCGACCUGACGGACAAUGUGGACAGAGAUGCAGAGGCAGAGAGUGACGACUUUGAGGAUGACCUUGAUGUCCUCCGUGGCUACUCGCUCGUAUCGGUGACAGCAGCAAAAGAUGUGUUUGAGGUACAUUCCCUAGUGCAGUUUUGUACACGAGCUUGGAUAUCCAUGGUGGACGAUGCGGAGCGAUGGAAACGGGUGUUUUUGUGGUCCAUAUCGAGGCAUUUUCCAAGUGGUGCCUUUGAGACAUGGCCAACCUGCCAGUUGUUACUUCCUCAUAUCGAGUCUCUAUUAGAGGAGAAGCCUCCAGAUGAGGAACUACAGAACUGGACCUGUUUACUGGCAAGUUGUGCACGGUAUAUGUGGACUAUAGGCAACUUCGGGGCGGCAGAAAUAUUAGGCAGGAAAGCAGUCGAAACGAGGGUCGAGGUGCUUGGAGAGGAGCAUCCCGAUACGCUGACGAGCAUGAAUAACCUAGCGUUGACAUUCUUAGACCAAGGCCGAUGGAAGGAGGCGGAAGAGCUAGAGGUAGGAGUGAUAGAGAUGAGGAAGAGAGUGCUUGGAGAGGAGCAUCCCGAUACGCUGAUAAGCAUGGGUAACCUAGCGUCGAUAUUCCGGAACCAAGGCCGAUGGAAGGAGGCGGAAGAGCUACAGGUAGGAGUGAUGGAGAUAAUGAAGAGAGUGCUUGGAGAGGAGCAUCCCGAUACGCUGAUAAGCAUGAAUAACCUGGCGUUAACAUUCUUAGACCAAGGCCGAUGGAAGGAGGCGGAAGAGCUAGAGGUAGGAGUGAUAGAGAUAAAGAAGAGAGUGCUUGGAGAGGAGCAUCACUCGACGCUGAUAAGCAUGGGUAACCUAGCGUCGAUAUUCCGGAACCAAGGCCGAUGGAAGGAGGCGGAAGAGCUAGAGGUAGGAGUGAUGGAGAUAAUGAAGAGAGUGCUUGGAGAGGAGCAUCCCGAUACGCUGACGAGCAUGAAUAACCUGGCCAUUACCUGGAAAGAGCAAGGCCGUACUAGGGAUGCUUUAGCCCUGAUGCGAAGCUGCGUUGUCCUACGAGAGCAAGUGCUUGGUAUAGACGAUCCGGAUACAGCGUCAUCGGUAGUAGUUCUCGCUGAGUGGCAUGAACAGUUGGAGGGGAACAAUUUUGAGUUGAUCACAUGGAGGGACGCCUACGAAGCCAUGUACGGGCAAGCCCAACCCUCCUUGAUGGGGAUUGGGAUCCGUCUGAGCAAACAGUUUAUAACUCCCAAGGACUUCCUGCCGUCUCCUCUUCCUGGAUACCCCGGAAAGCUGCUUAUGCUCGAGGUGUGGAAGGGUAGCGUAAUCGAAGUCAACGAGCAUAACACGGCGGCGCUCAUGGUUCCAGAGCCGGUUGGCGUCGCGCUCGUCACCGUGGUUGACGCCCCGACAUCAGCUGGAUUACGUGAGAUCCCUACUUCGCCCGUCCAGAAGCUGAUGGACGCGACACACAGCGAUUCAUCGCUGAGGAGUCAUCUCGGCCUCGAUGGAACAGUGACCUUUGAAAGUCACACGAACCUCGGUAUUACCAAUGACUCCCUUUCCGAAUCGAUGGAGCGAGCAUCGAUUGGCUCCAGACCACCCGGCUGA